UCCAGCCGCGGCCCCUUCCUCUCGCAGCUGGUGCUGUGGGGCCGCGGAGCCGCGCGUCGCUGUCUCUAUGGCCCCGGAUCCGAGCGCAAAGAAAACGGACCUCAGAAAACCAGGACUAGCUCUACUGUCGGGGGCAGGGUGACCCCAUCAGUAACCUACAACCCCUCUAGAACUUCACAACUUCCUCUCACCAUGGAGUUUGCAUUUGAUGCAGAAAGGCAUGUGAUCCCUCCCUCCUUCUGACCUCUUAGCUGGGGAUUCCAUGGCCACACAACCCUGUGACUCCAUGUCCCCCCGAUUCCAGGACCCCCCAUGGCCCCAUGAUUCCUUGACUCCUAUGACCUUAUGACCCCUGACCUUCCAAGUGACUUCCUUGGACUUUGACCCCUGUGACUGUGCUUCCCAUUCCCCGCCCCCACAACCUGUGACUCUGGCUCCCUUUGGGGGUCUUGUUAGUCUGGGCCUCCCCAGGAAGAUGUGGGGGAGGCUCUGGCCCCUCCUCCUCAGCAUCCUCACAGCAACUGCAGUCCCAGGACCCUCACUGCGGAGACCGUCUAGAGAACUAGAUGCCACCCCUCGGAUGACCAUACCCUAUGAAGAGCUCUCUGGGACCCGGCAUUUCAAGGGCCAAGCCCAGAACUACUCAACACUGCUGCUGGAGGAGGCCUCAGCAAGGCUGCUGGUGGGAGCCCGAGGCGCCCUGUUCUCUCUCAGUGCCAACGACAUAGGAGAUGGGGCUCACAAAGAGAUCCACUGGGAAGCCUCCCCAGAGAUGCAAAGCAAAUGUCAUCAAAAAGGGAAAAACAACCAGACGGAGUGCUUUAACCAUGUGCGGUUCCUGCAGCGGCUCAAUUCUACCCACCUCUAUGCAUGUGGGACUCAUGCCUUCCAGCCCCUCUGUGCAGCCAUUGAUGCUGAGGCCUUCACCUUGCCAACCAGCUUCGAGGAGGGGAAGGAGAAGUGUCCUUAUGACCCAGCCCGUGGCUUCACAGGCCUCAUCAUUGAUGGAGGCCUCUACACAGCCACUAGGUAUGAAUUCCGGAGCAUUCCUGACAUCCGCCGGAGCCGCCACCCACACUCCCUGAGAACUGAGGAGACACCAAUGCAUUGGCUCAAUGAUGCUGAGUUUGUGUUCUCCGUCCUCGUGCGGGAGAGCAAGGCCAGUGCAGUGGGUGAUGAUGACAAGGUGUACUACUUCUUCACGGAGCGUGCCACUGAGGAGGGCUCUGGCAGCUUCACUCAGAGCCGCAGCAGUCACCGUGUGGCCCGUGUGGCUCGUGUCUGCAAGGGAGACCUGGGAGGGAAGAAGAUCCUGCAGAAGAAGUGGACUUCCUUCCUGAAGGCCCGUCUCAUCUGCCACAUUCCACUGUAUGAGACACUGCGUGGGGUCUGCAGCCUGGAUGCUGAAACCUCAAGCCGUACACACUUCUAUGCAGCCUUCACGCUGAGCACACAGUGGAAGACCCUGGAGGCCUCAGCCAUCUGCCGCUAUGACCUGGCAGAGAUCCAGGCUGUCUUUGCAGGACCCUAUAUGGAAUACCAGGAUGGUUCCCGGCGCUGGGGUCGCUAUGAGGGUGGGGUGCCUGAGCCCCGGCCUGGCUCGUGUAUCACAGAUUCAUUGCGCAGCCAAGGCUACAAUUCAUCCCAAGACUUGCCAUCCCUGGUCCUGGACUUUGUAAAGUUGCACCCACUGAUGGCUCGGCCCGUUGUGCCCACACGUGGACGGCCCCUGCUGCUCAAGCGCAACAUACGCUACACACACCUUACAGGGACACCUGUCACCACGCCUGCUGGACCCACCUAUGACCUGCUCUUUCUGGGCACAGCUGAUGGCUGGAUCCACAAGGCCGUAGUCCUGGGCUCUGGGAUGCACAUUAUUGAAGAGACACAAGUGUUCAGGGAGCCCCAGUCUGUGGAAAAUCUAGUCAUCUCUCUAUUGCAGCACAGCCUCUAUGUGGGGGCUCCUAGCGGAGUCAUCCAGCUACCACUCUCCAGCUGCUCCCGCUACCGAUCCUGCUAUGACUGCAUCUUGGCCCGAGACCCCUACUGUGGCUGGGACCCUGGCACCCAUGCCUGCGCGGCAGCCACCACCAUAGCCAACAGGUCCCAGGGAAGCAGGACAGCACUGAUACAGGACAUAGAGAGAGGAAAUCGAGGCUGUGAGAGCAGCAGGGAUACAGGGCCACCACCACCACUGAAGACCCGCUCUGUGCUCCGGGGUGAUGAUGUCCUCCUGCCCUGUGACCAGCCAUCCAACCUGGCCCGGGCCUUGUGGCUACUCAAUGGGAGCAUGGGCCUGAGCGAUGGGCAGGGUGGCUACCGUGUGGGCGUGGACGGGCUGCUGGUUACAGAUGCACAGCCUGAGCACAGUGGCAACUAUGGCUGCUAUGCCGAGGAAAAUGGCCUCCGCACCCUGCUGGCCUCCUAUAGCCUCACGGUCCGGCCAGCCACUCCUGCCCCAGCUCCAAAAGCCCCUGCCACACCUGGGGCACAGCUGGCACCUGAUGUGAGACUGCUCUAUGUGCUAGCCAUUGCCGCGCUUGGUGGCCUCUGCCUCAUCCUGGCCUCCUCCCUCCUCUAUGUGGCCUGUCUGCAGGAAGGCAGACGAGGGCGCCGACGGAAAUACUCACUGGGUCGGGCCAGCCGGGCAGGAGGAUCUGCGGUGCAACUGCAGACAGUCUCAGGCCAGUGUCCUGGAGAGGAAGAUGAGGGUGAUGAUGAGGGGGCUGGGGGCCUGGAGGGCAGCUGUCUCCAGAUCAUCCCUGGGGAGGGAGCCCCAGCCCCACCACCCCCACCGCCCCCACCGCCACCGGCUGAGCUGACCAAUGGCUUGGUGGCACUGCCCAGCCGGCUGCGGAGGAUGAAUGGCAAUAGCUAUGUGCUUCUGAGGCAGAGCAACAAUGGAGUACCAGCAGGACCCUGCUCCUUCGCCGAGGAACUCAGCCGCAUCCUGGAAAAAAGGAAGCACACGCAGCUCGUGGAGCAGUUAGAUGAGAGCUCUGUCUGAGCCCAGCCUCCCAGAAAAAUGCUCUUCCAAGCCAGCGUAUCUGUCCCAGGCUGGGCCACUGCCUCCCUAACACAGCCACCCUCCCUUCAUUACCCCCACUCCAUACCCUUCUCCCAACUUUUUGAUGUCCCUGUAGGGCUGGCCAGUCAGGCCCAGCCAAAGCCCCCUCCUCAGUCUCCACAGACCCACAUGUGAGCAGCCCAGGCCCAUCGGUGCUCCUCAGAGGUAGGUGCUCCCUCAGGAUCAGGUGCCCUGCAGACCCAGAGCCAGUUCCUAUCCCCUAACCUAAACACUUAUAGUUGAGGACUCCAUCCUCCUGUUCCGUUCAUCUGCCCAAACCCUUUCUCUUUCUCCCAGGCAGGGCUCUGCAGGUCCAUAUGGGCUCAAUGUCACCACCCUCUGCAUGGCCCUGUGUGCUGGAUGGUCCUGAAACCAGACAAGACCUCUGCCAGCCACCUAAGCCCUGCGUACAUUCACAUGCACACGUGGAAGAAUGUUUAUCGGCUGGGCUGCAGUGCCCCCACCCUCACCUUCUCCUGGUGCAUUCUUGUUUCAUCCCUGCUUCUGGACUUGGGGUACCCUCCCAAUUGCCACAUCCUAUCUGGUCCUCUUCCCCAGCCCCAUGUGGUGACCUCUUUGUCAAGAGCUUGGGAAUGGGCCAGCCUGGGGAGGUAAGACUGCAUCACUCCCCUCCUCUCCCUUCCUGUGUGGCCCUUGUGAAUCAGCCUCCCCACUCUCCUUGGUCAUUCUCAAGAGUAUGAGAGACAGAGCUCCAGGCAUGUCCCAUCCCCAUGCACAUGUGGUAACACACACCUGUAUCACACAUGCGCUUACAUUUCCACUCACAUGCACCUCCCCUUGCUGUCUUGGACCUGUCUGUUGGGUUUAGUCCGUGGACAUUUCAGAGGGAGAUCCCCCUCCCAUUUAACUGUCCUCACAGGCCCUUCCCUAGGAUGGAUGACCAACACUGCACUCAAUGAGCCAGCCUCUCUUUUGGGGGAAUCAAGCAUUUGCUUCCUCUAGACUACAGCAGGGAAAGGGAGGAGAAAUCUGAUGUCUCAACUGGCAUAUGAAGCCCAUUCUUGGAACUAUGCAAAGGGCAGACAGAGGCUGGGAGUUUGGACGCUUAGCUCCUACCCCUGUCCUACCUCACCGGGGCACUUUCAGGGUCCAGGGGCCUCUGAAGUCUCUAGGCCUAUAUGGGACAAUCAAUUCUGACUGAGCUCCCCCAUUCCCCUCGGGUAAGGAUGACUGUUAUUUUUGUAGCUGAGAACAUGGAAUCCCACGGGUUUUUACUGCCCUUCACCCAACCUCUCCCACCUCCACCCCACAAUGAAUGUAUUUAUUGUGAGAAUGGCUACACUUCUUUAGGAAUGCCCCCACUUACAACCAGGUGGGUGGAACAGGCAUGUGACAGAGUGGGGAGCCUGGGCUCAGCUCCUCCCCCUGCCAUUGGUUAAUAAACACCCUUUCUCCACAGCUAUGACUAGUCUGCUUCAUCUAGAUGGGCCCACCCCUGAUCACCAGGGGACAGGCUCCCGAGCCUAUACAGAAGGUGAUAUCUGCCUCCAGGAUUGGCUCUGCUCCCCAAUACAACUAUUUGCAGAGGAAAUUGGGAUCCUCCGCUUCCAUCCUGACUCCUUGGCAGGCACACAGGCCUCUUUAGUAAGGUUCACACUAUUCAUUGAUCAUGGUGUUAGGGCAUGACAAGAAAAUGACAACAGUUCAAGAAUUCUUACAGGGGUUUCUAGAUUUUCAUUUCCUGGCUCUCAUUUCCCCACCAUCCCCCCUUUUUAAACUAAGAUUAGAAAAUACUCAUUAAUAUCAGCCUUCCUGCCCUUCCCCAAGGUUCUCAGCACCCCCCACCAGCUGGCUCAAGGGACAUGGAUUUUAUUUCUGCACAAAGAGGGACGUGGGGGGGAAGGAGAUGUAUAGCUAAGACCAGAGAAAGCUUGUCAGCCAGGACUUAGUCUGAGAAUCACUCCCCUCUCCCUUUCAGGGGUCAGGCCUAGAUUAAUCACUUGGCCUUUGAUACUAACCACCUGACAGUUGUUAUAUGUUCUGUGUCUAGUUUUAAAAUAAUGAAAACUGAGGCUUGUGCUUAACAUAUGCACACAUUUUGAAGACAGACCUGAAAUGUGACCUUGGAUAAGUUUAUUAACCUGUUUUAUAAAUCUGUAUUCACACAGAUAUAAAGUGCCUAGCCCAUCACAGCAGAGCUCUCCAUAGCUCAGUGGUUGUUCCAAUAAGACAUCAGGGAUUCUUCAGAAGCCAGCCUUCAGACCUCUCACUGUGUUUUGAGAUCAUUAUUAUCAAUUUGGAUUUAAAAAACAAGGGCCCUGUAAAACCCUUGAAGUCUUCCUCAUCUCAGGUUUUAGGGAUGC